UAGAAACUUGAAUGUUUUUAAUGUUAGAUGUAUUAAUUGUAUAUAUUCCUAGGCUAUCUAAUUACUAAAGUUACGUCUCGUACUAUUGGCCAAGCUCUCCUACUUGUCUUUACUCUUGCAGUGGUCGCCAUGACAGAUGAUUCGCUCGGCAACAGCUUCAACGCCGAUGAUGAUGAUUUGAAUCUUGACAACGAGGCGGCAGAGAUUAAGCGAUUGCAGCUGCCGACUUCGACAGAGCCCCUGGCACAGGAUGAUGAUGAACGUGUGGCGAACGUCGAGUUCAAUUGCAGCGCUUGUGAUAUGCACGAGAUGGUGCAUUUCUACGGUCGGGUGCCACCCUUUGCCUUGGGUGUCAAAUUUCGUGAGGAUAACUAUGUGUUACGCGAUCCAUUCCAGGCGCCUCCGCCACGCUGGCAAUCCAAGCCAGAGUUUUAUGUGUCAUUGGGCGCCAAUUGCGCUAUCUGCGGCAAAGUUGUGUGCAAGGAUACGUCCUGCAGUUUUUAUUAUACUAAGACCUAUUGCCUGCCUUGUGCCAGGGCCGAACUUAAGUCUUGGCCCGUUGAGGCGCAAAGUCGGCUACGCAAGCAACUGGCGGCCAAAAAAUAGUAGCAGUGAGACUGAGUCGUAUAUAGACAGCUUUUAAAUAUAUACAUUACAUUACAUUAUA